GUUGGUGCUACGCGGCGCGUGUACGCAAUUCCAUUCGGACUACAUAAUUUGAACACACCAAAAGACAAAUCAAUUCCAAGUGGGAUCAAUAAAAGUGCCAAAAUUAAGAUUACUUAUCUCCCGGUUGUCGGAAUUAACAUAAGUCGCCAGUCAUGGAGCGAAUUUUGAGAGGAAUUAUGCGUUAUCGCAACACGACCCGAGAGCAAAUGGUCAAGGAAUUUCAAAAAGUUCGCGACAAUCCAGAGCCGAAGGCCGUGUUUUUCACCUGCAUGGACAGUCGCAUGAUUCCCACGAGAUAUACGGACACACACGUUGGCGACAUGUUUGUGGUGCGAAAUGCGGGAAAUCUGAUACCGCACGCCCAGCACUUUCAGGACGAGUACUUUAGCUGCGAGCCGGCGGCAUUGGAGCUGGGCUGUGUUGUGAAUGACAUAAGGCAUAUAAUUGUGUGUGGACACAGCGAUUGCAAGGCGAUGAAUCUUCUAUACCAGUUGCGUGAUCCCGACUUUGCCUCCAAGCUUAAUCGCCGGCUGUCGCCGCUGCGCUCCUGGAUGUGCACACAUGCCAACACCAGUUUGGAAAAGUUUCAGGCGUGGCGCGAUGCAGGCAUGAAGGACCCGUUGAUAUUCUCUUCCGAGACGCCGCUGCGCCGCUUUGUUGCCUACAUUGAUGAAGAGAAUAAGUUUGCAAUCGAGGACAAACUGUCUCAGAUUAACACCCUGCAACAAAUGUCCAAUAUUGCAUCAUACGGGUUUCUUAAAACACGCCUCGAAACGCACAAUUUGCACGUGCAUGCGCUGUGGUUUGACAUCUACACAGGUGACAUUUACUACUUUAGUCGCGGAGCCAAGCGCUUCAUUGCCGUGGACGAGUCCAGCGUAGACCAGUUGUCCGCGGAGGUGAGACGCUUCUACUCCUAGUGCUGUAGCCUGCGGCCAUUAUUCAGCCAGC